CUUUUUCUCUGUUAAAUAUUUGUCUGAUGUUUGUUCGACUCAUCUAUCAAGAUGGAGCUGUACAUAACCAUUCUCACCCUUACUGUUGUUCUUUCAACUGAUGCUGAAUUAUUACAUGAAUAUUUUGGAAUUCAUGGAUGCUCUGAGACAGAUGGAGAGGAUAUGCAUGGAAUUGAUGGAGAGGAAAUGUGGCAUGCCGACUUUAAUCAGAAGAGAGGAGUAGUAACAUUACCUGAUUUUGGAAUUCCCAUUGAAUUUCCUAGACAUUAUGAACUCAGUGUUAUUGAAAUGAAAGGAUGCAAAAGUGAUGUAGCCACUUUGACUAAAAUUUUCAAGAGCCCACCACCAGAAAUGGAUGCACCCCAAACAUCCAUCUAUCCAAAGGAUGAUGUGCAGCUGGGUGUUCAGAACACCCUUGUCUGUCAUGUGACCGGCUUCUAUCCUCCAUCUCUCAGCAUCUCAUGGACUAAGAAUAAUGUUAAUGUGACAGAGGGCAUGAGUUUAAGCCAGUACCGCCCAAAGGCAGAUGGUACCUUCAACGCCUUCUCUACUUUUAGGUUUACACCUAUUGAAGGAGACAUUUACAGCUGCACGGUGAACCACAUAGCCCUCCAGGGUCAACCUCAGACCAAAACAUGGGAUGUUGAUGUCGCCCUCCCAAGUGUUGGACCAGCAGUGUUCUGUGGAGUGGGUCUCACUCUUGGACUGUUGGGAGUCGCAGUUGGAACUUUCUUUCUCAUUAAAGGAAACAACUGCAACUGACCUGGAAGUUAACAAUAUCUCUUAUUGGAACUGGCCAAUUAGACAACUAGUACAUGUGUGUCAUUCUCGUGAUGUCAUAUUUGAUGUUAAAGGUAUAAAUAAAUAAAUUAAUAAAUCUGGAUUCAAUACUGUAACACCAGACAUGCUUAUAUUAAAAGUCAAUAACCCUUUUUUUAAAACAAAAAUAAAUAUAUUUUCUUAAACAUCA